AUGGAACUCAAUAGGUAUGCCGAGGAGGCAGUACAGACCUUCCCCGCCGAUCUUCUUAUCGAUUCGGGCCCUUCUCAACCGCAGGAGCCACGCCCUUAUGUCUGUACAGAUCCAGACUGUGACAGAAGUUAUGAUCAGAGGCAUGAGCUCAACCGACACAUGAAGAAGCACAGCAGGCCAUGCGCUUGCCCAGUCCAAGGCUGUGCCAUGAAGUUUCCGGAUAAGAAGGGUUUGGACCGACAUACGGCUACCCACGGGAUUGGAAGGGGUGAAUUUGAUUGUCCGGACUGCCCGAAAAAGUUCACAAGGUCCGACAACCUAACCCGUCAUCGGCAAAAGCGCUGCAAAGGUUGA